GGGGCUGUGGCUGCGCGCGCCCGGAGCCCAUGCUUUGAACCCCUGCCAUGUCCCCACCUUGCCAGAGGCUCUCUGGCAAGUGUGUGCAGGACCCUGUGCCUCCAGUGUCCGUGUCCCUCACGACGCUGCGAGGAAGGGUAGCAUCAUAACUCUGUUUUUGAGGAAACGGAGGUUCCCGGAGGGAACAAUACUUUGCCCAGGUCGCAAAGCCCAGCGGGACAGAGCCCAAGGCCUGGAAGGCCCUCUCACUCGGCCCUGCCCCUCAGGAUGUCUGCAGCCGACAUGUCAGAAGAUGAGCCUAUGCGGCCCCCCAGAGACAGCCUGUGGGAGCAGGACAGGCAGAACGUGGUGCAGCGCGUGGUGGCCCUGCCCCUGGUCAGGACCACGUGCACCGCCAUCUUGGAGGCUUACAGUGCCGCUAAGGACAGGCACCCGCUGCUGGGCUCCGCCUGCCGCCUGGCCGAGCACUGCGUGUGUGACCUGACCGCCCGUGCCCUGGACCACGCCCAGCCGCUCCUGAGCCACCUGCAGCCCCAGCUGGCCUCCGUGAACAAUCUCGCCUGCAGGGGUCUGGACAAGCUGGAAGAGAAGUUGCCCUUUCUCCAGCAACCUUCGGAGACGGUGGUGACCUCGGCCAAGGACACGGUGGCCAGCAGUGUGACGGGCGUGGUGGGCCUGGCCCGGCAGAGCCGCCGCUGGAGUGUGGACCUGAAACGCUCCGUGAGCCACGCCGUGGAUGUCGUGCUGGGCAAGUCGGAGGAGCUGGUGGACCACUUCCUGCCCAUGACCGAGGACGAGCUCGCGGCCCUGGCAGCGGAGGCCGAGGGCCCGGAAGUGGGGUCCGUGGAGGAGCAGAGGAGACGACAGGGCUAUUUCGUGCGCCUGGGCUCCCUGUCGGCGCGGCUCCGCCACCUGGCGUAUGAACACUCUCUGGGGAAACUGAGGCAGAAGAAACACCACGCCCAGGACACGCUGGCCCAGCUGCAGGAGACACUGGAGUUGAUCAACCUCAUGCAGUGCGGGGCCACACCCACUGCCCCCGCCCGCCCUGGGAAGGUGCACGAGCUCUGGGAGGACUGGAGCCAGCGCUCCCCAGAAAACGGCCGUCGCCGCAGCCAGGCAGAGCUGGAGACGCUGGUCCUGUCCCGGAGUCUGAUGCGGGAGCUGCAGGGCACAAUGGACGCGCUGGAGACCAGCGUGCGGGGCCUGCCCCCCAGCGCCCAGGAGAAGGUGGCCGAGGUGCGGCGCAGCGUGGACGCCCUGCAGUCCGCGUUCGCCGACGCCCGCUGCUUCGGCGACGUGCCGGCGGCCGCCCUGGCCGAGGGCCGGGGCAGCGUGGCCCGGGCCCACGCCUGCGUGGACGAGCUCCUGGAGCUGGUGGUGCAGGCCGUGCCGCUGCCCUGGCUGGUGGGGCCCUUCGCGCCCAUCCUCGUGGAGCGGCCCGCGCCCCCGCCUGACCUGGAGGCUCUGGUGGACGAGGUCGUGGGGGGCCCUGACCCCCGCUGGGCUCACCUGGACUGGCCGGCCCAGCAGAGAGCCUGGGAAGCCGAGCACGGGGACGGGCCAGCCCUCCCAGGCGACACUUGCAAGGAGGAACCCACGCCCCCCAGCCGCGCCAAGCACACCCUGAUGCCAGAGCUGGACUUCUGACCAGAUGGGGCCGUGGGGCAGCAGACGCGGCCCUCGGGAGGUCGCCCUGCACCGCACCCCGCCCCCCCCCACACACACCCCGAGGUCCCUGCUGCCCCCUAGUGGCCAUGCACGUGCACUAACAGGCCGCAAGGGGGAGGUCGCCCUGCCCCCCUCCAGGUCCCCGCUGCCCCCUAGUGGCCAUGAAUAUGCACUAACGGACUGCGCGGUGGCCUUGGCCCAGGUGCGCGGUGGGGGUGGGGGGCUAAAUUCACACGCCUAGACCAGCUUCACUGAUCUCAGACGCUCCCCAGUCUUUCCCUUGGACACAGGGGGACUGGAGCCCAAUUCAGGUCUCAUUUGCCCCAAGCUGGGUGCCUCUGUCUGUGGUCCCUGUCCCUGCACCCCCCAAAAAAGCGGAUCAAAACUCCCCAAAGAAGCUCAGUUUGCCCAGCAGCUGUCUGGGGGUUUGGAAAAGUAGGCACCCUCCUUCCACCCCCCAGCCUUGUACAUCCUGGACGGGGCGGGGUGGGGGGAGGGGGGAGUCCCUGAGAAUACCCAGCCUCGUCCGCUGGGCCUGCUGGAUCCACGUGAUUUGCCCUCUGGGGUCCACGCUCCAGAAUAAAGGUGCUUUGUGUUGUC